UACUAACAACCCUAACCUCCAAAAUAUUCAAAACCCACCUUCACCUCCCUCCAAGCCCCUUUGCUCUACCCAUCAUAGGCCACUACCACCUCCUCGGCCCUCUCAUCCACCGCACCUUCCACAACCUCUCUCUCCGCUACGGCCCCUUAUUCUCCCUCCGCCUCGGCUCGCUCCAAUGCGUCGUCGUUUCCUCACCGGACCUAGUGAAAGAGUUCCUCAGCACCCAUGAGCUCUCCUUCAUAUCCCAUGCUCAGUCCCUCGCCGUUGAAAGCAUAACCUACAAUGCUUCCCUUGCAUUUGCACCCUAUGGACCUUACUGGAAGUUCAUCAAGAAACUGACAAUGAACGAGCUUCUAGGAAACCGUAGCAUCAACAACUUAGUUUCCAUUCGAACUCAAGAGUAUCUUAGGCUUCUGAGGUUCUUGGCCAAGAAAGCUGAGAGUGGUGAAGCUGUGAAUCUCACUGACGAGUUUCCGAAGCUUUGGAACAAUGUGAUCUUGCAGAUGAUUGUUGGGAAUCGGGGUUUGAGCGCCGAAUGUAGGGCGGUGCUGGCGGAGGAGGUGGUGGUGGUGGUGCGGCAGGCCACGAGGCUUUUGGGAGAGGUGAGUUUGUGUGAUUUUUUUUGGGUUUGUAAGAAGUUAGAUUUGGGAGGGUUUGUGAAGAGAAUUGAGGAGACGCACAGGAGGUUUGAUGUGUUGGUGGAGAAGGUAAUUAGAGAACGAGAAGAGCUGAGAAAGAAGGAACAGAUGGAAGAGGAGGAGGAAGUCAAGGAUUUUCUUGAUACAUUGCUUGAUGUGUUGGAGGAUGGGAGUGCCGAGGUUGAAUUUAGGGCUUGUCCAAUAUAG